GGUCAAAACUGUGGUAAGGACUUCCGCGUUGUCACACAAUCAUACAAAUCAUCACCGAUAGAUAGUUUCUUAACCAAAACACCUGUCGACAGUAAAGGAGCGUCCCUGCGCAACCAAAACAAAAGCGGACGGUGUUGUAAUGUCAGCCGACUGCACCGCUGACUGCUGCCUCCACCAUCCCCAUCAUGUCUUUGGGCGACAGCCCUCACCUGCUGCUCGGCAGGAUCCGCUUCUUAAACAGGUGCAUUGAGAGUUUCAGAAAGAGCGAGCCGGUGCCGGAGAGUCUGUGUUAUGUCCCCAAAGAGGUGUGCUAUAAAGUCUGCAAGGAUUCAUCGUCCACCUCCUCUGCCUCGUCGGGCCCAUCUAGUUCCAGCUCUAGCGUCGGAAAAACAGUCAUCUCCGUCUUUGAAAGUCCGCAUCAGGCUCCACACAGCAAGAAGUUAUGCAAAUACACCUUAGAGCCAAAAAAAGGGACCUGUAUCCGGACAACAGGGGAGGAGUACUGUAACAGCCAAGGCCUCUGGGUCAAAAUCAAUAAGGAGCAGCUGGAGGAGCACCGGCCGGGUCAGGAGCUGGAGGAAGGCUGGAUCCUGGUGUGUAAGCACACAGAAGGAGGCGACAGACUGGUCCCGGUCGAAUCACCAGAGACUGUCAGCAGACAGCAGCAGCUCUUUGGCCAUGACCAUAAGCCCUGUAACAGGUGGGAACAGGUGGUGGAUGUACAGAAUGCCCUUUACCUCGGCUCCAAACCCAAGGUGGCCGAGUGUGACGAUGCUGCUGUCCAGAAGCUGAGGUACGUUCCCCCCACCUGGACAUAUGAAUGUGAUGAGGACCUGGUCCACUACUUCUAUGACCACAUUGGUAAAGAGGACGAGAAUCUGGGCAGUGUGAAGCAGUGCGUGACCAGUAUCGAUGUUUCUUCAUGUUCGGAGGAUCCCAGUGGGGCAAGCUGUCUGACAGACGGUGAUACGGAAACCUACUGGGAGAGCGAUGGUUUGCAGGGACAACACUGGAUCCGCCUCCACAUGAAGAGAGGCACCGUGGUUAAUAAGCUGAUACUGACAGUGGACUCUACAGAUGAUAACUACAUGCCAAAAAGAGUCACAGUGUUUGGAGGAGAGGGAGAUAGCUUGAAGAAGUUGAGUGAUGUCACUAUAGACGACAACCUAAUUGGAGAAGUGUGUGUCCUAGAGGAUAUGAUAUCCCACUUACCAGUAAUUGAGAUCCGGAUUGAAGAAUGUAGGGAUGAGGGAAUAGACGUCCGGAUCCGAGGCUUGAAGAUCAAGUCGUCAUGUGAAAGGGACCUCGGCCUGAACGCUGACGUUUUUCAGUCCUCUAACCUUGUGCGCUACCCACGUCUGCAGGGCACCCCGCCUGAUGUCCUGUAUCGCAGAGCUCUAGUUAUCCAGAGGUUUAUUUGUCUUCUGGACAGUGUGCUUCCUCACCUGGUGCCAGCCUGGGACUACAGCCUGGGGACUUUCAACCAUAUUAAAAGCAUUAAGCAGUUUCUGCUGCUGUCAAAGCGUCGCUCAGCUCUCAUCACACAGUGCCUGAAGGACUCAGAGACGAGUAAGCCCAACUUCAUGCCUCGCCUCUACAUUAACAGACGUUUGGCCAUGGAGCACCGGGACAACCCCUCCCUGGACACCAGCUGCAAAAACGCUGUGUUCAAUCAGGUCUAUGAAGGCCUAAAGCCAUCUGACAAAUUUGAAAAGACUCUGGAUUAUAGAUGGCCUUCUCGCUACGACCAGUGGUGGGAAUGUAAGUUCAUAGCAGAAGGAAUUAUUGAUCAAGGUGGAGGAUUUCGGGACAGCCUGGCGGACAUGUCAGAGGAGCUUUGCCCCAGUUCUGCUGAGUGCCCUCUACCUCUGCCCUUCUUCACUCGAACAUCCAAUGAGGGCUCUUUAGAGGCCAGAGAUUACUACGUACCCAACCCGUCCUGUAAAGAGUUUCACAAAUAUGAGUGGAUUGGCCAGCUCAUGGGAGCUGCUCUGAGAGGAAAAGACUUUCUGGUCUUGGCUCUGCCGGGGCUUGUGUGGAAGCAGCUGACAGGAGAGGCUAUCAGCUGGAGUAAAGAGUUCCCUGCUGUCGACUCAGUCCUGGUAAACCUUUUGGACGCAAUGGAGAACAUGGACCAGGAGACGUUUGAGUUCAGGUUUGGCGAGGAGCUGGUUUACACGACCCUGCUCAGUGAUGGCCAAAUGGUGGAGCUCAUACCCGGGGGAAGUAAUGUGGCAGUUCGAUACGAGGACCGCUGUGAAUUCAUCCAUCUGGUGCAGAAGGCCCGGCUGGAGGAGAGCAAGCAGCAGAUUGCAGCCAUGCAGGCAGGGCUGCUGAAGGUGGUUCCUCAGGCAGUUCUGGACCUGCUCACCUGGCAGGAAGUAGAAAAGAAAGUGUGUGGAGACCCUGAGAUCACUGUGGAAGCCCUGAAACGUCUCACACGUUAUGAGGACCUGGAGCAGAGCGACGUUCGAGUGCAGUAUUUGUGGGAAGCACUAACUAAUUUCACUAACGAGGAUCGCAGCAGGUUUCUGAGGUUUGUGACUGGUAGAAGCAGACUUCCCGCCCCCAUCUACGUCUUUCCUGACAAACAAGGCUCUGAAACAACAGAUGCACUUCCACAGUCCUCCACAUGUUCCAGCACGCUUUAUUUACCAAACUAUCCAAGCGCAAAAGUUUGUGAAGAGAAGCUGCGUUAUGCUGCAUACAACUGUGUAGCCAUAGAUACAGACAUGAGUCCCUGGGAGGAGUGAUCUCGCUUUGCUGCUUCACUGACAUAACCCUGCACACUUUCAGUCCAUCGCUGUUGACUGGAAGAAUCUUGCCAACUAUAUCUAAAUAACUGCCAAUUAAUCAUUGCUGUAUAUAAUAAAGAACUAUAUGGAAAUAUGGAA